AUGAAUGAAACCUCAUCUUUCAAUGAUAAAAACAUCUCUCAGUCCUCGAGUACUCUGGCUUCUGAUAGUGUGGCACCCUCAGUUCCUGUGAUACCGGGUCGGUUACAGCCCUUUUUCCCGACAAGCCCUCAUGUUCAGUAUAUACCACCUACUGCGCCUCCACGAGCUUCACAGGCACGACCUUCUGGUCCACCUAUCCGUCGCCGCCCUAGGACCAAUCAUGCUUCAACACACCAGUCAUUUCCAACAACACAACUCGACACUCCCUCUUUCACACUAGAACAGAUCUCCGCAGCUCAAGCUCAAGGCUCUUCGUUUGCAUUCACUCGAUCAGAAGACACAUUUUUCCCAAUUUCAAUCAGCCCUGUUCGCGCUCGACGAAUUAUAGACGCGCAUACAUCCAGCUUUACUACUCCCUCUGAGAAUACUAGUCGUUCCUCUGUGGAUCCCGAAUCAUACCUUCCAACGCCUCCCUCCGAGCCUUUUGUCUUUGGCAUUGAAGAUCAAACUCCUGCUUCAUCUACUUCUACUCUGUUCGGUUCAUUGCCAUUCAUAGGUCACUCUCAGGCUUCACCGGCAGCUACUACCGCUACAUCUUCACGAGCCGAUACACCUCUUCUCUCUCCUGUUCAACUCUUGUCGUCUAUCUCCACACCUGUCGCCUCUCAGCCCUAUGCCUACUGCGGUAUCUUGGCUCCUCCUAAGCAUCCAUUGUCCUCAGCUUCAUCGCCUUCGGAACGAUUCACACUGGACGAUCGUGUUCGGAGAGCGUACUCAGAGUGGAAAGGGGCUCACUUUGGUGGAUUUGGGUCAAUGCUGGCGCAUCUUUUUGCACUCGAUGCUUCAGCUUCCGUCAAGAGUCUUGCCGAUGGUUUCUAUUCAACGGAGCACAUGUCCGCAGUUCUUGAUCUCUGGUGGAGUCAUACCGAUGGAAAGGAGCAGCUGGAGUCGUGGAUAAUCCCCCAUGUUCUCCCGUUAAUUGAGGCGGCGGUUGGGAAAGAGAUGGAUGCCGUGACGAAGAAAUUCAAUCUUACCCUCAAGAAGACGACACCAAAGAUCCUCGAGAACUUCAGCUAUGAAACUCAGGUCGUGAAGGUUCUUGAAACACUGGCUCCUAGCUUUUCAAAAAUCAUUCGUGCUGCUGUUCAAACGACCCGUGCUGCGAGUGACAAUACAAAGAAAGCACCAGAUCAUAUCAUACCCGUUCUUGUUGCCCAGUGCGCUAAGCAUCGCUCACAAAAUGCGAACCUAUUUGCUGCACCUUUCACCCUCGCUUCCUGGGUUCGUGGAGACUCAAAGGCCAGUCUCGCCGUCGACGCUCAGCUUGGGCUGGGUGUCGACCCUUCUUCCGCCAACAAGAUCAUUAAAUAUGUCUCCGAAGAUUGCGUCGAAACAGCCGUCAAAGCCUCUCAUGCAGAAUUUCAACUCCUUUCAUUCGACAACCAGCAAAUUUCGACAUCAGAGUUUGUCGAACAACGUGAGGAUGGGCCAGCAAAGAUGGUCUGCGGCACCUUCAUGAUCAGCUAUGAUCUACGCUUAGCUACAAAGGCGAAUAUGCUACUUGAUCCUAUCAUCAACCGUCGCAAUCAACUUCCCGAGCUCACUUUCAACGGAGAUAUUCGGCCAAGCUUCGAGCUCAUGGGAAAGAUCAGCACUCAUUGCCAGCUUCACGUCAUCGAAACAUUCCUUUCCUCUUCCUCCCUCAAUGAUACCACUAUCGCCUCCCUUAAAUCAUCGCCUAUUCUUCAGCAUGACGCCGUUCUACCACCUCCACUUCACCACAUCACCGCUCAAUACCCGGGUCAGUCGAUAUCAAUCCCAGAGAACUCAAUUUCCAACAUCAUCAAGGUCAUCGAGGAUAUUUUCUUUCGUCAGAAACGCAUGAAACGCGACACCGAGAUGAUCAAUAAGUACGCUGUACUAUCAAUCAACGACCAAGCGACCAAUGCCAAUCUUCGCGGUGCAAGAAGUAUUCGCAUACACGAUGACACACCGUUCACCCGCUUUGACUCUAUCCAACUUGCUCCUGGAUUGUUCCACUAUUUACUCAACCUCUCGUGGUAUAUGCUCGACAUUCACCGUGGCAUCAUAUCAGACACGGGGUCAGAGACGGGGUCAGGGGCAGAUUGGAUCCGGGUCUUGGGUAAGACACGCCAUGGAGGCAAACAUCCGAACUAUCAUGCUGUUAAAGCGACAUUGAUGCAGAUUCUCGACGGGCUUCUUCUGGAGGCAUGGCGCUUGGAGUGUAUUUCACGCGGAUUUACAUCUAUUGCUACCUUCGAAGCAUCUGGACCAACGGCAGUGUUAUUGAUGGAGAUGGCUGACUCUAUUCACUCAAAAUACUCGUCCACCCCAACCCGUGAAGAGUGCUACAGUGAUCCUGACAAUCCCCGUACCUUUGACGAAUGCCUCUACAACAUUCGUCUAUUCAUUCGCGACCUCCUCUACUUUCGUACUCUACACGCUGCUGUCAAGUCCGGUGACUUUGGGCGUGUCGAACAGCUUCUUGGUCUAUUCGCUAUCUGGUUUGCUGGUGCCGGUGCAUGGAACUAUCGUAAUGAAACGCUUCAUCUGCUGCUCAACCUGCGUAAGGUUUGGACACCUGAAUUCACCAAUGUUGUCCGUGCCAAUAUGCUAAUUCGUCCCGGGAAGACCAAGGACGGCAGUUGGAUAGGUGUAGACGAGAAUAUUGAGAUGAAACUUGGUAUACUCGACAUGUUAUUCACGGCCCGUGGCGUUCGAAGCUGCUGGGAUCGCCUUGGUACCAUCUCUCCUGGGGUACACAUAUGGUCAAGUCUCGCAAAGCAGCUCUGCGCAGUGGUGGGAGUACCGUAUCGAUCCACUACCCACGUUGAUCCCGAUACAAGCUCUCUUGUGCGAAAGGUUACAAAAAAAGCACAAGAGUGGUUUCUACUUGUCGCACACCCAACGAAGAAAGGGAGGAAAGCGAAGGGAGGACUGACAAAGGACUGUCUCCUAGAGGGAGAGCAGGAUCUCAACCCGGAGAAGAGGGAGUCGCAAGGCAGUCUGGCGGCAUUUCAUCGCGGAAUCAGUAAUUAUAUUUUGAAGGGUGAAGCACCGGUUUGUGUGGAGGUGGAAGGCAGCGAGGGUAGUGGUGAGGUUGGCGAACCUGAUGUUGACGGAGAUCACUCCGAUUCAGUUGAGGGCAAUACUGAACACGAUGACGAGGAAGUCAUGUAUGCAUAA